UUAUAAUACCGCAAUCAGCUAUUGAAUAGCAAAGAAUUAGAUGGUUUUGGUAUACUUUCACUUGAAUGCAAAACCAAGUUUGUUUAACCAAAAAAUGGAAAGGCAAAAAGCUAAAGACAAAACCUGAAGCAAUGGCCAAAACAGUUAAAAGAAGAAAUCCAGCCUUUUUAACCAUGGUUGUUUCUUUUUAAUAACCCACACCUCCAAAUUAACUUAUUUUGGUUAAAAAUAGAAAAGGAAUUUGGGUUUGGGUUAACUUUGUUAAGUGUUUUUUUAAUCUCAAAAUGGGAAAGAAGUUAAAACUUAAACCUUACUUUAUUUUUUAACAGCAAAAAAUGUCUUUUACCAAAGAAUUUCACUGCAAAAAUGUGUUAUUUCCUUUUGGUAAUGAAUGUGUGGUAAGAGUAAAAAGUUUUUAGUGGGCUUUAAAAGGUCAUCACCUCUCCUCUGUUUCUUCAACUAUAAAUCAUCCUACAACUCAUUCCCUUCUCUUUCAUAUUCAUUUUUUUGCUUACGUUUUCCUCUCCUCCAAUACCAAAUAUAUUGCUUUCUUUUUGUUGUUCAUGUAAGCUUUCUCUUUCAUUUACAUCCCCCACAUCCCUGUUUGAUCUCAGAAAACUCUCCAAAAGAAAAAAGGGUUUUUUUUCCUCACAUUUUUUUUUUCAUUUUAGCUCCUCUGUUUUUCCUCUGUUUAUUUUUUUUCUUCUGGUGGGUAAGAGAAAAUGUUCUCAAGUGUAUGUCAAGGUUUGCAAUUAUGCCUUGAGCCAAGGAUCGUUGAAUCACAUUUUUUGAGGCUGAAACUGGCUCCACCAUCGAGUUUUCAAGACUCCAUUGAAACUCCCACGCCCUGUUUCACUAACCCUUCCGAACCCGAACCCAUUUCAUACCACAAUGAUUAUGAUGACACCGACAUUAACAUUACCGACGGUAACAACAAUAGCGACAAUAUAAGCAAGCAAAAUGCUGAUAUGGGUGUGUGGAGUUUCCUUCAAUCCCUCGCCGGUCCCAAAGAUUCUACAGAGAAUAACGAAGUUUACGUGCACCCUCUCGUUAAAAGUUCAGCUUCUGCCCUAAGUAAAGAAAGCCUUGAAAUGUGCACCGAAAGCUUAGGCAGUGAGACCGGAAGCGAUAUCAGCGACGACAUUACCUUUGGGUGCUACAGUCCAUCGAAACAUAGGGAAAAUUCGGUGACGAGACGAAUGAGUUAUAGUAGGAGCUUUCCACCGCAUUUGACAUCCAUUAGCGGUUCAAAUAUGAGUUAUAAUCCGUUAAAAACAAGGGAAAAUUUGGUGAUGAAAAGGAUGAGUAGUAGCAGCAGCAGCAGCUUUCCGCCUCCUUUGACGUCCAUUAGCGGUUCGAAUGGCGUCCAAGUCACGUCUCACCGCGAAGGCGGCCGGUUAGUACUUCAAGCCGUUAAUGUCCCUUCUUGUCAAACGUACUUCCAUGUAGAACGAAGUGAGGGCAGGCUUAGGCUUUGCCUUUUGAAAGAAACAACCGCUGAUACCCCAAUUUUCGAUGACAAAGAAGAAGAAGAAGAAGAAGAAGGAGAAGAGGUAACCGAAGAAGAUGAAGUUGUUGAAGAAGGUGAAGUACUUUAUGAAGAAAAUGAUGUUGUAGAAGAAGAUGAAGUACUUUAUGGAGAAAAUGGUGUUGUACAGGAUGAAAAUGAUGUUGUAGAAGAUGAAGUACUUUGUGAAGAAAAUGAUAUUUUAGAAGAUAUAGAUUAUGAAGAAAAUGGUGCUGUAGAAGAUGAGGUUGAAGAAGAAAAGUGUUAUUGGGGAGUUGAGGACUUGGAUGAAAAGAAUGGGAAUAUUGGGGAUCAAAUUGGAAAUGGGAAAUUGGCAAGGCUAAUAAGCUGCAAAGGAAAUGGGUGUGGGCACAAAGGGUUACUUGAUUGGGAGCCAUACUUGGUGGCUACUUAAAAUAUUUCUCAACCCCAACAAAGAGAAUUACUAGCAUUGAAUGUCACUAAUUUUUUUUUCCAUUUUUCUAAUUUUUAGCUAUUAAAAAGUUUGAGAUUACCAAUAA